CUGAGGCUCUUCAGAGUCGCCUGGGGGACCAUGUUUAACGGGGAGCCUGGUCCAGCCUCGGCUGCAGCCGCUAGGAAUGUUGUGAGGAGCUCCAGCAUCAGCGGUGAAAUCUGUGGAUCCCAGCAAGCUGGAGGAGGGACAGGGACCACUACAGCUAAGAAGAGGCGCAGCAGCCUGGGUGCCAAGAUGGUGGCCAUCGUGGGACUGACCCAGUGGAGCAAGAGUACACUGCAGCUUCCCCAGCCUGAAGGGGCUACCAAGAAGCUGCGCAGCAACAUCCGGCGGAGCACGGAGACCGGCAUCGCGGUGGAGAUGCGGAGCAGGGUCACGCGCCAGGGCAGCAGGGAGUCCACAGACGGGAGCACCAACAGCAACAGCUCCGACGGCACGUUCAUCUUCCCUACUACCCGGCUUGGAGCUGAAAGCCAGUUCAGUGAUUUCCUGGAUGGGCUGGGACCAGCCCAAAUUGUGGGGCGACAGACACUGGCCACACCCCCCAUGGGAGACGUACACAUUGCCAUCAUGGACCGGAGUGGCCAGCUGGAGGUCGAAGUAAUUGAAGCUCGGGGCCUGACCCCCAAACCAGGCUCCAAAUCCCUCCCAGCCACCUAUAUCAAGGCUUACCUGCUUGAGAAUGGGACCUGCCUGGCCAAGAAAAAGACCAAGGUGGCCAAGAAGACCUGUGAUCCUCUGUACCAGCAGGCUCUGCUCUUUGAAGAGGGGCCACAGGGCAAGGUGCUGCAGGUGAUCGUCUGGGGUGACUAUGGCCGCAUGGACCACAAGUGCUUCAUGGGCAUGGCCCAGAUCAUGCUGGAUGAGCUGGACCUGAGCGCUGCAGUCACCGGCUGGUACAAACUCUUCCCCACCUCCUCCGUGGCUGACUCCACGCUGGGAUCCCUCACCAGGCGCCUGUCCCAGUCCUCCCUGGAGAGUGCCACCAGCCCCUCAUGCUCCUAAGGACCUCACUGAGGACGAGAGGCCAGGGAUGUUGUAUGAAGGGAGCUUGUGGGUCCCACCUCCCCCUGUACAUAGUCUGUGUCCUGGGCCCCUCAUCCUGCUGCAUGCCUGUUGGCUACUGGGCUUGUCCCAGUUGGCAGUGGAGACUGUGGUGUGUGUCUCUGUGUGUGUGUGUGUGUGUGGUGUGUGUGUGUGGUGUGUGUAUGUGUCUGUGUGUGUGGUCACAUUGUAUCUGUUCAUUUGUCCAGAUAUAGUCAAUCCUGGUGACCACAUGGUCUGAAAUCCAUGUCUUUGUACCUUGUUGAAAAGAAAUCCAAAGGA